AUGUCCUUCACAAACCUCGCCCUCGUGGCGCAAUGCGACGGCUUCCCCUACGCCGACUCCGACCCGUCAGCCUACUGGUCGCGCACCGAAACCUACUACCAGCUGCGCGUCGCCGGGCACGACUACGCGCUGGGAUAUGUGCUGCCGUCGGUGGCGGAGGUGUUCCGAGGGACGCCCAGCUGGGCGCUGGACGACACGGAGCGCACGCUCACGCUGACGGCGGGCGACGACGCCGAGAUACGCAGCCACGCGGUGGCCACGACGCUGCUGGCGCUGCGCGAACUCGGGCACUUUGAGGUGCUGAAGAAGUGGCGCGGAGAGCUGUAUGCGGUGUACGGCCGCGACAAGGAGCUGCUGUUCAACGUGGAGCGCAGCGCGAGUCCGCUGCUCGGCGUCGUGACGUACGGCGUGCACCUGACUGCGUACACCAAGGACAAGGAGUCGGGCGAGAUCAAAAUCUGGACGCCGCGCCGCGCGAAGACGAAGCAGACAUACGGCGGCAUGCUGGAUAAUGCGGUCGCAGGCGGAAUCUCGUCGGGGGAGAGCCCGUUCGAAAGCCUUGUCCGCGAGUGCGCCGAGGAAGCGAGUCUGCAAGAGGCGCUGGUGAGGGAGCGCGCGAAGGCGGCAGGCACAGUGACGUACUGGUAUGUGAGAGACGAGCGGGCGGGCGGCGAGACGGGACUUUUGCAGCCUGAGGUGCAGUACAUCUACGACCUGGAGCUGCCUGAAGACGUUGUGCCCAAGCCUGGGGACGACGAGGUGGAGGAGUUUUAUCUGUGGAGUGUGGAGGAGGUGCAGGAGGCGAUGAAGAAGGGCGAGUUCAAGCCCAACUGCUCGCUCGUGGUGCUGGACUUUCUGGUCAGACACGGCAUCCUGACGGAGGCGAACGAGAAGGACUUUAUUGAGAUUGUGUCGCGACUGCACCGGCGGCUGGAGUUUCCUACGCUGUAA